GUGUUAGUAUUUGGCGCGUACAAACGAGUUGACAGGAAAAUCAAGCCAGUACCUGGAGUAUACCCAGAGGAUGCCAAGGUAACCAGGCAGUUUCCUCGCAACCCUCUGACUGGCUUGACAAAAUUACCGGAGCGCCCACCUGACUUUACUCCAACUCAGAAAAUAACCCAAGAACGGAUGAAUGCUAUGGACAUAAAUAGUGAUCACUACUUAUGGCCGGAAGAGGAGAAACUGAUAAAGCAUGUUCUAGUUAAGAAUGAACGUGCGCUCGCGUUCGAAGACUAUGAAAGGGGAAUUUUCAGAGACGACUAUUUUUCGCCAUAUAUUAUCCCUGUGGAACCGCAUGUCCCUUGGGAGCAUCCAAACAUACCCAUACCUCCAGGACACAGAGAGGAAGUUAUCCGCAUGCUCAAAGAAUUCAUCGCUCAUGGAGUAUACGAACCAAGUCAAUCGUCAUAUCGGUCAAAGUGGUUCUGCGUAGCAAAGAAAAAUGGCAAG